AUGGCUUCCUCGUCGUCAAACGUCGUCGGCGUCCACUACCGGGUCGGCAAGAAAAUCGGAGAGGGUUCCUUUGGAGUCAUCUUUGAGGGAACCAAUCUGCUCAACAACCAGCAGGUGGCCAUCAAAUUUGAACCUCGGAAGAGCGAUGCACCUCAGCUUAGAGACGAGUACCGCACGUACAAAAUCCUCGUUGGUUGCCCCGGCAUUCCCAAUGUCUACUACUUCGGACAGGAGGGUUUGCACAACAUCCUCGUCAUCGACCUGCUUGGACCUUCCCUUGAGGAUCUCUUCGACCACUGCGGACGCCGGUUCACCAUCAAGACGGUCGUCAUGGUUGCCAAGCAGAUGCUUUCUCGAGUGCAGACGAUACACGAAAAGAACCUCAUCUACCGUGAUAUCAAGCCCGACAACUUCCUGAUCGGACGACCCGGCACCAAGGCGUCCAAUGUUAUUCACGUGGUCGACUUUGGCAUGGCGAAGCAGUAUCGAGACCCCAAGACCAAGCAGCACAUCCCCUACCGCGAGCGCAAGUCGCUGUCCGGCACUGCCCGAUACAUGAGCAUCAACACCCAUCUUGGCCGCGAACAAUCUCGACGUGACGACCUCGAGGCUCUCGGCCACGUCUUCAUGUACUUCCUUCGCGGCGGUCUUCCCUGGCAGGGCCUGAAGGCUGCUACUAACAAGCAAAAGUACGAGAAGAUCGGAGAGAAGAAGCAGACCACUGCCAUCAAGGAUCUGUGCGAAGGCUUCCCCGAGGAGUUCAGCAAGUACCUGACGUACGUCCGAAACCUGGGCUUCGAGGACACUCCCGACUACGACUACCUUCGCGAGCUCUUCACCCAGGCGCUGAAGAACGCCGGCGACGUUGAGGAUGGCGAGUACGACUGGAUGAAGAUCACCAAGGAUUCGGGAAAGGGGUGGGACUCGAUGAAGAAUCAUGGCGCAGCAUACUUGCACAACCCAAACGCGCGCCCCGGUCCUUCUCAAAUGGAGCUGCACAGUGGUCAUCGUCCUGGGAAUACCACCUCUCAACAGCAGGCUCAGAAUCUCACUGUCAGCCGUUUAAACGCCGCGCAGCCCCCUCCUCCAUCGCCGAUCAAGCAGAUGGGGAGCAAGAGAGAUCGGCCAAACGCCCCAGGCGCACUGCCAGCCCAGCGGAUGAGUGGAACAGGCCUCCGCGAGAUGGGUACCCCGACUGGCUCAACUCAGGCCCAGUUCCAGAACAGCGCCCAGAACCUCCCUCAGCCGAUAACGAGCCAGCAGGGCCCAAUGACGACCGCGGGCCAGCCUAGUGCGCGACCUGCCGAGCAGCAGCAGCCCAGCGGCUUCCAGAAGUUCAUGAAGACCAUCUGCUGUGGCUAA